AUGGAGGGGUUGAAGGCUGCAGUCACCACACCUCACCAGUGAACGAUCAACAUGCUCUCCUCUAAACAACACCGUCGCCUCCUCUUCUUCAUCUUCUUUCUGGCCGCGGAGCACAGCGCUGAAUAUUGUGCCCCAGACUGUCAGGGAGUACGCGACGGAGACUACACAAGAGACCCCAGUGACUGUACGAGGUAUUACGUCUGUAUCUUAGAGGAAGGAAAAAUUAUACCAUCACAAGAACCUCUAGAAUGUCCUGAUGGAUAUUAUUUCAACGACCAGCACGCUGAAACCCAGUGUGACCCUAUCAACGACGCCCCCACUGACUUCUGCUCCUACUUGUGUGACCCUUGUGCGGUCGACUGUGACGGACACAACCCCGGCACCAUACAGCCCAGCCCCAGGGACUGCUCGAAAUAUGAAAUUUGUCUGGCCGAGGAAGACCACUACAUAGAGGCUGACUGUUCUUUUGACAGUAAAUAUUAUGACUUUAGAACGGCCACUUGUCAGUCUGACCAUUCCCUUUGUUACCACUAUUGUGAUCCCUGCGUGCCUCACUGUGUCUAUGAUGGCCAACGCGUCUUAGAUCCUUACGACUGUCACCAGUUCUACCUGUGCACACCGCCCACAAAAGCCGUAUUCUUGUGUCCUAACGAUCAGGUGUUCAACAACAAGACACAAGAAUGUGAAGCCGAUGCUUCCUGUUGGACUGCCUGUCUGUGAAGUUAACACUUGAAAUUUAUUCCUUGUAAGUCCCUUUUGUUGUCUUGUCUGGUAUAAAUAUAAUGUGUUUCUGUGUACAUUUUUCACAAAGUUUGAACCAUGACAUUAAACAUAUACAUCUUCA